UCCACCCCCCCGCGCGCGCCGGGGAAAACGUUGCGCAGGUUCUAAAGCGGGGCGGGGGGAGGGGGCGCGGCCGCGCGCGAGGGGGCGUGUGUGUGGGAGCGACGGGUAACGGCCGCCAGCGGGUAACGGCCGCCGCCACCACCGCCGCCGCGCGGGGCAGCCCCCCGCCGCCCACCGCCUUGCGACAGCCAGCUCCCCCGGCCGCGGGGCCGCCGGUGGCCGGCGCCAGCGCCGCUGUCCCGCCCGCUGCAUGGAGCUGUCGGCCAUCGGGGAGCAGGUGUUCGCGGUGGAAAGCAUCCGCAAGAAGCGCGUGCGGAAGGGCAAAGUAGAAUACCUGGUGAAGUGGAAAGGAUGGCCUCCAAAAUACAGCACAUGGGAGCCAGAGGAUCAUAUCUUGGACCCUCGCCUGGUAGUGGCUUAUGAAGAAAAGGAAGAGAGAGACCGUGCAUCAGGGUACAGGAAAAGAGGCCCCAAACCAAAGCGUCUCCUACUGCAGCGGCUGUAUGGCAUGGACUUGAGGAGUGCCCACAAGGGAAAGGACAAGCUUUGUUUCUCUCUUGCGCGGAGGUUUGGAGGAGGAGACAAUAGCCUGCCAGGGGCCAAGCCAGGACAGGCAGAGUUCUCUGAGAAGACUGGAGGAUCAGUCCUGCCAUUCUCUCUUCGGAAGCAACGCAAAAACCAGAAGUAUCUGCGACUGUCAAGAAAGAAGUUCCCCCGCAUGGCGAGCCUGGAGAGCCGAAACUGCAGGCAUGACUUCUUCCUGAAUGAUGCAGUGGGUUUAGAGGGCAGCCAGGGCUCUGAGGACUGGGAGACCAUGCAGCACACCAGCAAAGAAGCAGAUGUGGAUGGCAGUCUCCCUUGGAUUCCCACUGUGCCCCCCAGCGAAGUGACAGUGACAGACAUCACUGCAAACUCCAUUACCGUCACUUUCAGAGAAGCACAAGUGGCUGAGGGCUUCUUCCGAGACCGGAGCGCACCGUUCUGAAUCUCCAUUUUCAGUGCUCCCCAAAACCAGUACUUUUAGGGUGGGGCUAGGGGGAAGGGUUAUUUUACCCUGAAGAAAAAAAAUCCAAAAUGUCACCUCUUAAAAUGUUUACAGAAACCUUUUUUCUUUUUUUUCCUUUUUCCCCCCUUUCAGAUACGCAAAAAAAAAAAAAAAAAAAGCAGUGUAGGGGGUGUGUGUUUGUCAUUGCUUUGUCCAUCUGAAAAACUGACGUCCCUUUCCCUGGCAAAGACUCCCCUCCUAGAUGUGAAAGCAGCAAGCUGAACAAUCUGCCUUUUAUCCUGUUAAGUGGUGGCAGCUGCAUUUGUGGGGAGAGGGCAUGUGGAGGUGGAAAGAGAGCUGGAUCUCUAGCUUGCCGCCUUGCUCUGCAACUGAUCCCUUGGAUAAAGAUUAUUGUCUGUGCAUUGCUCUUCCCACCUUCCUCCUCCCUCUCUUCCUGCAGCAGUGAGAGGUGAUGUAUCCUACCUGUGUAGAUAACUCCAGCCUAUUAAGACUUUCUCUCCAGUACUGUUUUCCCUGUGGCCUGCUGUCAGGACAUCAGAACCAUCUUUGCCUGUCUGUGGUUAACCCAGUCUUUGCAGCAUGGGUCUGUAUAGACAGCAGAGGUUUCUCCCUUUGUUUGUUGAUCAUGUGGAAAGACUGAAAUGCAUCUCUGAAAUCUAGAUUGGCGACAUAAAUUCAAUUUGCCCUCAUUAAAUGCCCAGAAAUGCAGCGCAGUCGAGACAUACCGUUCUGUAUAUGCUAAACAGGAUUUCUAGUCUUGGCUGAGCUGUGUAAGGAAUGUGUUAUGGAAAGUGGGGUGUUCUUACCCUUUGCCAAAUUCAGUAUUAAUAACAAAUGCUGCCCUGAAUCUCUGGUAAUAAGUUGGUUGAAAACUGACUCUUCUCCCCUGGGAGGAGAGGCUAAGAGGACAACCGAAGCAUUGCCUGGCACUGCAAAGAUAUCCAGGAUACUGGCACAGGCCCAGGACACAGGAAUUGGACAGAACUGAGCUAGAAACGGACCUCUGAUUAGCAGCAAAUUCUGUUCUUGGAUCCCAUUGAGAGAUCCAAGGUAAACAACAUGUGCGGAAGACAUGUAUUAGAUUUGAGGAGGGUUAAAAAAAAAUCUUAAAUCUUAGCAAUGAGAAUUCUUGGAUUGUACUGCCCAAGUAAUAUUUUUCCGUGACUCCGGUCUCCUCACAGUAUCUGUGAUCCUGUACUACUUACUGAUGGGAACUUCCCCUUGGAAGGCUUAAAAAUCUUUGCCAAGGAAAGCAGUCUGCAUUUCAAUAGACCCUGCCUGAUCUUGCACUUAAAAUGCCUUGUGCUGGACUGCCUGUGACACUUUGAGGUUUUUGAAGAAUUGCUGUAUUUUGAUUUGGUAGUUUAGCAUAGCAUCUGUUCUUGCACAUGCAUGUUCUCUUCCAUAUUUUUAAAAGCAAAUUUUAUUUAAAUAACUUUUUAAAUAUAGUCCUUUUCCUAUGGAAAGCAAGAAAAGUAAGCUAGAGUCUAAGGUGGGAACUGCAGGACAGAGUGCUGCAGGGUAACAUUGGGUACUGUUAUUAUUACUGUCCUUAAAUCCUUUGUUUCCUCACCCCACCUGAAGCAUUUCGUAUCUGCUGUCUUUAUUCUAUAUGAAGCUACGAGCCUUUUGAGCUCUGAGCUAAAGACACUUGUGGAAAUCCUCAGUGUGUUUCUUUGAAGGGCUUAGCUGCUGGCCUGCAGAAUUUGGGAGCUCUGGGGCAUCUGGUCCUCCACACAUCUACUUUUUGCCAAGUGCUUGGACUGCCCCUGUGGUUUCUAAAAGUAGGUUUUACCUCAGAUAGGAUAUGGCAGCUCAGUGUAGACUUAGGAUUUCCCCUUCCAUCUCAGAGAGCUGUUUGAUCAGGCCUGUCUUCUACUGUGUCACAACGGUUUCGGGACCACUGGGAAGAUCUUGAAUUUCUGGACUAGCCUUUUGUCUCCCAAAUAACUGACGAAUGAGUUUUAUUAUGGAGAAAUCUGAGAGGGUGAGAAGUGGAACCUGAGGGGGGAAUUAUGUGGUGGGAGGAAGAGUGAGUGGGAAAGAAGCUUGCAAUAGCUAGCAAGGGCAAAUUGAUGAGGUAAAGCAUACAGGCUCCGGAUGUUUGUUGAACGUGGGUGUCCAGAGCGAGGCGUCUGUAUCUGGAGUUGCACCCUCUUUUGCAGGAUGUGGGGUCAGACUGUGUUGUCAUCAUCACUCCCCCACACACACCCACAUACCCUUUCUACCCAACAUUUGCCAAAUCUGAAUACCUGCAUCUUUCUUUGGGUGUGAGCAGUGGACGUACCACAUAUCUGAGUCUGCUCUUGGGGGUUGUAGCAGGUCAGGUAGUUCUGGUUGCAGAAGUGCAAUAUUUUUAGCUUAUUUUUUAAAGUCUUGAAUUCCAGCUCAUCCUGCUAAAUCUUCAUGGCAUUUAUAGAAUCUGGUUUCUUUAUUCUAAUGCAACCACUGUUGCCUUUGUCCUGUCUUUAUCUCAGUGUACAAACACACCAAAAAAAGCUUCCUGUUUACCAAAGUUCCUGGCUUUGGUGAACAUUGGAAGCAAUACCAAUCCUGCGGCAGGAAAGAGCUUGUCCUAAUACACUGGAUUUCCAUCCUCUGUUUUUCUCGCCACUCACCAGCUGAGACUUCUCAAUGUUUUGUUUUGGCAUUUCUCUUUAAACAUAUUUUCUUCCUCUUGCAGUAGAGUUUUCAAAGACCUGUGUUUGUCUUUCAAAGAGGAUCCACCCACAGCUUCAUAUCUUAAUCAUUUUUUGGAUGAAGCUAGCAUGCGUUCUGUUGGUGACUAAUCAUCUUGCUACACGAAGUGUUGAACAAAGUACCUGGCUACCAUGCUGCUUUGCAUACAGGUCAAUGAGGAGUUAACCCUUAUCAGGUUACGAUGCAACAAGUUGCAUGUGCGUGGGUUUGGUUUUGUGUAUGUGAGGAGGAGUUUGUGGUAGGAAACUAAGCAGUUACUGUGUUGGAGUGGACUUUUUUGACGUUCAUGAAUUCUUACUCAUGUUAAAGAUCUUUUUGAGAAGAUUUUUCUCUUGAUCUUUUUAAAAUGUGGCUCUGUUCCAUAUCAUCUGGUGACAUAUCAUAAACUUCCUUGGUAGAGCUGGUCCUCACAGACUUUAAAAUGAGCUUUAUUCCACUUCUGCAGGUGUAGAGAUGUAUGUCGGUUUUACUUGUAAUGGCAAGAGAGGUUGUCUGGGUUUACUUGUCUCUUCUCCCCCACACCAUCCAUCUGCGAGUUCAACCCAAAAUCUGAAAAUUGAGUUGGGACCUCUUGGACUAACAUAUCAUGAAAAUCAGAUGCUGUGCUUAGAGUUUCGUUAAGCAUUCCGUUUGAUUAGAAGAGCCAGAAUAGCAUCCAGCUGAAGCUGAGUUUAAUAAUUCUAUUUAAAGCACAAGCCAAGAAUAGAAAUGGGUUAACUCUCCCAUACCUCAUUUGGCUCCAUGGCUGUAAACAAGAAAAUCAAACUUCAGCCAGUGGAAAUUACUGAACUGUAUGCAAGAAACAAACUUCUUGAAGAAGAGCUCUUCUAAUAGUGAUUCUUAGAACUGUUUCCAUUUGAGAAUUUACCAGCCACAUUUUGGGGACAGAAAAUUUUAUUUUGUAGAUCUUCUCAGAGUGAUCUCACUAUAUAUGAUGUGACAGAACUGAGGGGCUUCAUGAGAUUGGAAAACCUUUAUUGUUAAUGCUGUCUUAAAAAAAAAAAAAAAAAGAGGAAAGGACUGCCUCUGUUCCUGGAUGGUUAUAAACUAGAUAUUGUUGUACUGAUACAUGUGAUACCUUGGAACAGCAAGUUUUAACACAUAAAUAGUGGCAUUAAGUAGCCUUUUAGCUCCUGCAUGCUCCUUAUUGUCUUGGAUUUGCUUGGGGGCCCUUCUGCUUGUGAAGUCAGACCAAGGUGGUUUUGGUUUUUGUUUUGUUUUCUCUUUUUCAAGCAAGGCCAGGAUAUUAUUGUGAGAACACCCAAAAGCAGUUCCUUUUGCCAAAAUAAACCCAAAUUUGUUAGUGAAUUGACCCUUGCUUAUGUUGGAGCCUCAGACAGAAAGAAGCUUAUUGAGAAACGAGUGGCUUUUUUUGUUGUUGUUAGUGUUGUGAAAUUGUCUGGAAUUGUUCUUCUGGUGUUUUGUGACUGAAUGUAUAAAAUUGUUUGUUCACCUCACAGGGGGCCCUUGGCCCCAGUGCUGUUUCCUGCUGUACGCCAGCUAGUGCUGUUUGUUGGUUUCACUGGAACAGAGAAGGGAGGCCUCACACAGGUCAAAAAAUAGGCAGGGUAGCUCAUGCAGGACCCUCGGUGGUAGCCACAACAGAGGCCAGGGUGCGGAAGGCAGUGGCAAGAGUUGUCAGCCACAUCCAUGUAUUUAAGCAAAGCUAAAUCUACCACCACCUCUCCACCCCUUCCUCUCCUCUCAAACUUUAGGUUUGUGCUUUCUGAAUUAGGCAAAGUGCAAAAACCUAAUUUUCUAAAUCGAACUGGUAUCUACCCAUCUUCUGUUCCUCCCUCGCUUAACUGUAGCCUAAGAAGAAGGCAGUGAGCCUUUCUAGAAAAAUAGUAGGGGCAGCUGCCUCAGAGUUGCUGUGCCGAGGUGGCUGAGGACAGGCUUUUGGGUGCAGUUGAGAGAGAAGGCAUGUUAGAAGUGCAGAGAACUUGUGAAGCUGGUCCCUUGCAUCAGUGGGUGGAUGCCCUUGGAGUUAUGAGUGGGCCCUCUGUAGAGGAGGUGGUCAGUGCUGCAUUUAUGUAGCUGUCUUUCAUCAUUUGUGAAAGCAAAGGAGAUGGGGACAUUGACAGCUUGUGUAGGGCAACUUCUACAUGGAAAUGUAUAGCAUUAGCACAUAAAGGUAGAGGGAACAUGUCACUUUUUCCAUGCUUGUCAUAAAACAGUUGUUCCCAAGGGCAUGGUAAAUUUGUUUUGAGACAAUAGCUUAUGAUCAAGAGACCAUGUUGUCCUCUGCCUGCUGAACUUGCUGUCCUCACAGAGAGAGAGUGAACCUUCUGGGUGUCGAACCACCUGCAUUCUACCCAAGCAGUUGGUCAAGAUGGGAAGGCCUACAAAACAGCCCCGGGACAACUGGAAGGAGAGAGAAGCAAUCACUUAAAAAUGAAUUCAGACCCUUCAAAUCCUUUCCUUUAACAAGCACUUCCUGGAGUGAUGACCCCUUUUUCUCUUCCAGUUCUCUUUCCCUUGCACUCUUAAUUUUUUAAAGUACAGUGGCUUAGCAGGGAGCAGUGGGAGAUGAUCCCUAGUUAACUGUGUGUUGUAGAGAGGAGCAGGGCUCAGUGGGAGCAUGUAAUGGCUGAGCCAGGGGAGAUGGAUUGCUACCAAGUUGGGAUGGGGUAGAAGCUUUGCUGCUGAGGUUGUUUCCAUCUGCCAUGGGCUGCUCUGCAAAGAUGCUGGGGGUUCUGGUCUGAGGGUGCCAGACGGAUAUUGAAGGGGAGAGCUCAUAAGGUGGUUUGGAACCUCUGUCACAACAUAUGUCGUUACUGGGGUAGCAGAGUUUUGACUAGGAGGGAGAUUUUGCAGAAGGAGGAGGUGGAAAGCCUUUUUUAUUAUUAUUAUUUUUUUAACCAGAAAAUGUAGUGUCAGCACAAAGCAGCUUUUUGCAAAUCUGUCAAAAUGUUAAGCAGCUUUUUUUUGCUUUUAAAUCUGAAGUAUAUUUUGAAGCACUUUGGAAAUGCAAAGUACUAGGAGUGCUAAGUACUCCUUAUCGUCUGUCUAAAAGUGGCAUUUGAAAAGCAAAAGAUGUAUCUGUUUCAGGAUGCUGGCUGCUCCUUAUCAUUUUUCCAGAGCUGCCACCCAGCCCUUUGCCUCCCUCCCAUGGCUGAAGAGGAGGGCGUUCCGGCCGUGCCAAGGAAAGGAGGGCUCCCUCAGGGAGGAGAGGAGAGGAGACCUGCAAAGUCCCUUGCUUGCUUCAGGGUGCAGGUCGCCUUCCUCCCUCCCCACCUCCUUUGUCUGAGGAAAGGGAAAAAUGAAGCUGAGUUUCAAUUUGAGUGAUCCUAGUCUGGAACUAUGAUCACUUCUUUUAGCUCUGGAGACAUCUUUUUAGUUUCCUGUCUGAAAAACUGCACCUUAUUAGCUUACUUGAGGAACAGGGAGAUAUCUGCAAGGGGUGGGGUGAGGAAGGGAGGGUGAACCAGGAGCUGUCUUCAGUACCUCCUGGAUUUUUCCAGAGGCCAUUUUCCUCAUCCCAUCUCCAACAGAAUGGCAACAAAAGAACUAAAAUGAUUUAGAUGGUGCUUUUGUUCUCAAAAACUCAGAAACCUUUUGAGCAGGCUGAGAUAAGAAAAUCUUUUUUCCUCACCUAGCCAGCUCUACAGCUGGGGGAACCCCAGUUCUCUUGCUGGGUUUUCAGCACCAACCUUUCCCCUCGGUGUAUGCACAUCGUUAGGAGUGUUUUGCACACCAGCUCAUCUAAUUCGGUAUGCUUCCUUUCUGUUGGGGGGGAAAUGGAGGAUGGGGUCAGUUAGAGGGGAGAGUCCUCCAUGAUUUUUGUUGUUAUCUCUUCAGUUGCUGCUGUUGUUCCUGUCAGCACGCUUGAGCAUCUGAGUCUUUGCACACAGAAAGCUUCCUUUUGCACAGAAUGAGCUUCUAGCUUUUGUACAGACUAACUGAAUGUAUUUGGGGAGUGGGGGGAAACAGGGAGUAAACCAAUUCCAAACAAACCAAUUGGAAUAUAAAUGCCUUUUCUGAGCGAGUAUGUGCUGUAAAAGGAGAUUGUAAUAGCAAAGGGAGGGCAGGUUCAAGUAUAAUUUGACACAAAGUGUGGUUUUAUUUUUGUACUGAUAUGGAUAAGAGACUGUACAGCAUCUAUUUAUUUAGAUGAUUUAUGUGGUAAAUGUUGCAAACAACAUUAUUAAAAUAUUAAAUAUGAAAACUGACAUUUA